UGUUGCACUAAUUAAUGUGACCCACUCUAACUCACUUAUUGAAAGAUCAGGUAAAACGUGUCGUUAAUGUGUUUUUGUUUGUUAGAUAACCUUCAUUAGUUUAUAUUUAUGUCCAGAGGUGUCCGUUCAUCUGGCUGGUGAGUGUGUAUUCUGGGCAAAAAGCAAACAGACGCUUUAAACCAUGGCCGGGAUUCUAGCAAGAUCGUUGUGGAGCCACAAGGCACCCCUUCAAAUGGGUCGCAGGUGUUAUUCGUCAUCAGUGCCCACUACCAAGCUGUUUAUUGAUGGCAAGUUUGUGGAGUCCAACACCUCCGAAUGGCUUGACAUUCACAACCCUGCCACUAACGAGGUGGUGGGUCGCGUGCCCAAAGCCACCCAGACAGAGAUGUUGGCUGCCGUAGAAUCCUGCUCCAGGACCUUCGCCUCCUGGUCUGAGACCUCCAUCCUCACACGUCAGCAAAUAUUUCUUCGAUACCAGCAGCUCAUCAAAGACAACAUUAAAGAGCUGGCCAGGCUAAUCACCCUGGAGCAGGGCAAGACUCUGGCUGAUGCAGAGGGUGACGUCUUCAGAGGACUGCAGGUGACGGAGCACGCCUGCAGCAUUACCUCCCUGAUGCUGGGGGAGACCCUGCCCUCCAUCACCAAGGACAUGGACACCUACACCUACCGCCUGCCCAUUGGCGUGUGCGCCGGCAUAGCCCCCUUCAACUUCCCCGCCAUGAUCCCUUUGUGGAUGUUCCCGUUGGGUAUGGUGUGUGGAAACACGUACCUGAUGAAGCCCUCGGAGCGCGUUCCGGGGUGCACCAUGCUGCUGGCCAAGCUGCUGCAGGACGCCGGGAUUCCCGAUGGGACCCUGAACAUCAUCCACGGACAGCACGCAGCCGUGAAUUUUAUCUGUGACCACCCAGCCAUCAAGGCCAUCAGCUUUGUGGGCUCCAACCAGGCGGGAGAAUACAUCUAUGAGAGAGGAUCCAAGAACGGCAAGAGGGUGCAGUCCAACAUGGGUGCCAAAAACCACGGAGUGGUGAUGCCUGAUGCCAACAAGGAGAACACGCUGAACCAGCUGGUGGGCGCAGCCUUCGGUGCAGCAGGACAACGCUGUAUGGCUCUCUCAACCGCCAUUCUCGUAGGCGAGGCGCGCGAUUGGCUCCCAGAGCUGGUUGAACGCUCCAAAGCCUUGCGCGUCAAUGCUGGCGACCAGCCGGGGGCUGAUGUGGGUCCCCUAAUCUCCCCGGAGUCCAGGGCCCGCGUUGAGAUGUUGAUCCAGAGUGGCGUGGACGAGGGAGCCACAUUGCUGCUGGAUGGACGCAAUGUCCAUGUCAAAGGAUAUGAGAACGGCAACUUUGUCGGGCCCACCAUCCUUAGCAACGUCACGCCGGAGAUGAAAUGCUACAAGGAGGAGAUCUUCGGACCGGUGCUAGUGGUUCUAGAGGCAGACACACUGGACAAAGCUAUCUCCCUGGUCAACGACAACCCAUACGGAAACGGUACCGCCAUCUUCACCACGAACGGAGCCACCGCCCGCAAAUACACACAUGAGGUGGAGGUGGGACAGAUUGGAGUGAACGUGCCCAUCCCCGUCCCCCUGCCCAUGUUCUCCUUCACCGGCUCCAGGGGUUCUUUCAGGGGAGACAUGAACUUCUAUGGCAAACAGGGCAUCCAGUUCUACACCCAGAUCAAGACCAUUACUUCGCAGUGGAAGGCUGAGGACGCCACAACGAAAAGCCCAGCUGUUACCAUGCCAACCAUGGGCCGCUAAACAGAAUGUAUGACUAAAUGUGGUGAUCUCUCCCUGGCACAAUGUUCUACAUAGUACUUACUGACAGGCCUUAACAUUCACAAAGGAUUAGUGUCCAUGGGUUUCAGACAGGUUUUAUACAGAAUUUACUGUAUUUAUUUUGAGGUUUGAUCCCGUUAAAGUGCUUCCUGUUUUCUGGCAGAUUUUUAUUAACAACAUAAUGUAGCAAAAGUUUAAAAACACUAGCCUCAUGCAGCCUUGAAGAGUUGCAUGAGAAUGCAGGACUCCAUGGAAUUGGAAGGUCUUUGUGGCCAAAAUGCAAAGGUCAGUUUACUUCCCUGGGAUUUUAGCUAUGGGAAACCGUGGCACACUGACCAUGAAUUAAUCUGGAAGCAGCGUCACACCAGUCCUACACUCAUCCUGGUUAGUAAUAUCCCCAACCUGUGGAACAGAUACUGUGAAUGACACUUGGGUCAAAUUAUUAUUUCUACAAACAUUUUGUGCACAGUGGUCUGUUAGUAUUUGUAUGCUUGAAAUAAUUCUAUUUGUCUUGGUGUUGAGCAGAGAUGCAUCCUGUUUUACAUGAAAUAAAGAUUUCCAUUGAAAACUGCUAA